CCUCAAUUAUUUCUUCCUUCAAUAACUCUCAUUCCCUUAUUUCAACACCUCAAAUUAAAACUCGACAAUUCUCUAACAAAAUUAAGUAACAAUUAAAUAAAAUAUUUCUGCACCAACUCUAAAUAAUUACCACAUUCAAAAAAAAAUAUGUCAACCUCAUCCCCUAACUCUCACCCCUCCUCCCCCACAACACCCCAAAAAUCCCCUUCCUCCACCACAUCCUCCCCUAAAAACCCCCCACCCGCCUCAAUCUCCACCUCCUCCUCCUCCACCGCCGCCACCACAACUACGAAUACGUCCUCCCCUACAAAGGUGCAAGCCGCGCUCGAGUCAUUAACCUCAAUCCUCCCUACCCCUCCAUCCUCCCUCUCCACCUCCCCUUCCCCCCCGGCCUUCGUCCUCCUCACUUCCCCCGAAAUAUCCUCCCAAAUAUCCUCCUUGCUCCGCCACCCUACCUCCGGUUCUGGUGACAAUCAUUUAUGUCGUUGGCUCUACGACACCUUCCACUCCUCGGACCCUUCCCUCCAACUCAUUGUCUUACGCUUUGUCCCUCUUAUAUCCGGCCUCUACCUCACCCGCAUUACUCGUCGCAAUCGCCAGCCUUUAGCCGGCUUCGAGGCCAUCCUCUUAGCCCUUUACGCCCACGAAACUACCGCUCGAAACAACCACCCGAUCACCGUAACCGUCCCCGACCUCUCUCACCCUAGCAUCUACCACGAAAGCUCCUCCCCUCAACGUAACAACUCCACUGACCUUAACAUUGCCGUCAUCUCGUCCUCCCUCGAGCCCCACGGCACCGUACGAUCCACUCGUAGAGCGAGGAUCGUAGGGGUGGCCUUAGAGCUCUUCUUUAGCAAGAUAUGGGUCAUGUCCAUCGAGUCAAAGCUCGAUUUCUGUGAGUUCCUAGACCAAUGGGCCGGAACCCAUCAUAACAAAAAUGACGAAAAUGAACACGACAACAACAACGAUUACGAAAUCGACCAAGAUUGUAAUAAAGGGAGGAUAUUGUUACCAUGGGAAUUGUUAGGACCAUGUCUUAGAAUACUAGGACAUUGUAUGUUAGGAGGGGAAAAGGAGGAAUUGUUGUUACGUGAAAAGGCGUAUAGGGCAUGUAAAAGCUUGUAUAAUAGGGCUACACAUGAUGUUAAUCCUAAGGCCAUUUUGGCUGUUGGUAGUUUGUUAAGACUUGUUAAGAUGGACAAAGAAUUAGACGAGGUUGAUUAUACUGAGAUCCAUAACACUAGGGUUAUUUCCAUCUAACCUUUUCUCCGCUUCUUAAUAAAUGAUCACUUUUUAAAUACCA